ACAUUUAAACUAUAGGUUAUGUUAUGUUUAUUUAUUAUGUCUUAAGGUUUACAUGAAUAUUUUACUUUCUUAACAAUGUCAAUGAUCAUUGUUGUCUGACCACUCUUAUUUUAUUGUGGUACAAUAAUUAACCAUUGUAUUUGGAAUCGUACUCAGUAGAAUGGCAGCAAAUAGAGAAAAAAGAAGCAAUGCUGGUAACAAAUUGGCAAAACUGUUGAAUGAAGAGGAGGAAGAUGACUUUUACAAGACAACUUAUGGAGGGUUUGAGGAAGUUGAAAAUGAUGACGAUUACCAAUCUGAAGAGGAAGCCGAGGAUGAGGUAGAUUCUGACUUCAGUAUUGAGGAGAAUGAUGAGGUAAAGUCUGACGAUGAUGAAGAGGCCACCAAGAAGAGGCAGAAGAAAGGACUUUAUACAAAGGCAUACAAGGAGCCGAAGAUAGUUGUUAAAAAGUUGGAUUCUGUUUCAAAACCAGAUAAGGAGCCUCCUCGUAAGAAGCGGAAAGUAGCUCAAGAUGGAGAUGCUUUUUUGAACGAUUUAACAGAGAGAAAGUCAACUCGGCACUCAACAGCUGUGAAGUCUGCGGAGACAGCUCAGCGAGUGCGAGAGCGUGCGCUGGAAAGACGCAAGAAUCGCAGGAGCGCUGGUGAGCCCGCGUACAAGCCCACGCAAGAGGAGCUCCUAGAGGAGGCCAAACUCACUGAGCAGGAGAACCUCAGGUCUCUAGAAAAAUAUCAGAAAUUGGAGUUGGAGAGGAAGAAGUGUCGAACUGUGAAGAAAGUCUACACUGGGCCUACAAUAAGAUAUCACUCCAUUUCAAUGCCUCUUCUAGGAGACGAUGGGCAGACAGUAGAGGGUCGGUACGAGAGGACGUUUAUCACGUUUAGUGAUGCUGACACCAUGGUCUCGGCAUUUCCAUCCAACGACCCUCCCAAACCUCCCAGCAAGAAUUUCUGCCCCAUCACCAGAGUACCUGCCAAAUACCUGGAUCCAGUUACACACCUGCCCUACUGUAAUAUCGCCACGUUCCGUGUGCUGCGCGAGGCGUACUACCAGCAACUGGAGGCCCGUGGCGACCGCGGCUCGGCGGAGAUUGCUGCGUGGCUUGCGCACCGCCAAACAUCCAAGACUGCACAGACGAUCAAGAUGGACCCUUCAAUGUUACAAAUAACUAAGUUUAAGGAAGAGCCAGAUAAGAAUGUACCAUGUGAGAGCUCUGCCUGUUUGCCAGUGUUGACUUCUCUGCCUACAAUCCCCUUGGCAAGAAUACCACUGCCGGAGGAUAUCGUGUCCAUCACAAGUCCUACUAAACCUAUGAAAAUGUGAACUGAAUUAAAAUGAUAAGUUAUUAAUAUACCUAAGUUUUUAUCUGCAUUUGUAAAAAGUUUUGUAUUCAAUGUAUUUCCAGAUUAAAAUUGUAUGUCAAGUUUUUUA